AUUUCGUAACAUAUAAUAGCGUAAACUCCCCCUUUUUUCUUUCAACAUAGCGUAAGUUCCCCCCUUUUGUGAUUGCCGCGGCCCGCCGUCGCAACCGCCAAUCAACGACGUCGUCUCAUCCACCAUGACCAUCGACCAAAAUCCACCAAACUCCACAACACUCCUCAACAAAAAGAUUAAGAAGACGAACAACAACAUACACAAAUCCAACACCCACGUAACUUCCAACUCAGUUUCAUCAUCAUCAUCAUCAUCUUAUUGUUCGAAAGCGAAAGGUGUUCGUCUGUUCACUAAGCGUAGAAACCCUAGGUUUUUUAAACGGACCAGAAGCCAAGUGGAUGCUCUUGCUCUUCCUCUCGGAAUGUCUAUUGCUGCUUUUGUUGCCAAGGUGUUGGAGAAGAAAGAUGCAACUGAAGAAAAGAUGUCUGUAGAUCAUCUCUCUGAGAUAUGCACUUUGGCGGUUAAAGAAUCAUUAUCCAAUGUCUUUGGCGACAAAUUCAACUGCUUUAUAAGCAACUUCGAGAGAUCAUUUCAGAGCACUUUAAUGACACUCAGAGUAAUCAGCGAAUCAUCAGGAAACAGAGAACGAUCAUACAUGUACGGGGAAAGUAGCUCAAUCGAUUCUCGUUUAAAUAUGAAAGAAAACACAUCAACUAAUAAAUUUCAAGAACAAUCAACCAUUUUUCGUUUAGAUGACUCAAAAAAUGGUCAACAGUUGGCAUGUGUGCCUCCAAACCAACUGCAUUCUGGAGUCGAUCUCAGUCGUUCAUCCAUGCUCACCGCUUUUGAAAAAUCUGUAAACGAACAAGCGCGUUCUAACGAUCUUAAGGCAUUGGAAAUCAGUCUUACUAUGAAGAAAAUGAAACUUAAAGAGGCACAGAUUGCUGUUGAUUGUGAUUCAAAUGUUUUGGAGAGAUUUAAGUUAUCUAUGGGCGUCUCAAAAGCUAAGUUUAAAGCCGAAAAGUUUAAAACAGAACUAGAAGACUCGAGACACACUCAACUGCUUAAAAAGUGUGUUGAUUGUCUUGUUGCUGGUUUGCUGAUUAUGCUGGCGUGUCUUGCUUAUGGAACUUAUAUUUAUUCCCGUCAAAAACUCAUUGAAGCUACCGAAUCGUGUAUGCCCAUCAAGGAAUCGAGUUCAUGGUGGAUCCCAAAACCAAUGGCGACUUUCAGUUCAGGGUUACAAAUCUUACGGUGUCAAGCUCAAGUAAUAAGUCGAAUGAUAUUCGGCAUAUUAAUAAUUAUCGGAAUCAUGUGUCUCCUCAUUCAACGCUCUGGAACUGCAAAUCAAACAAUGCCAGUUACAUUCAUACUUCUACUACUGGGUGUCGGGUGCGGUUUUGCAGGAAAGUUUUGCAUAGACACAUUGGGAGGAAGUGGGACCCAUUGGCUUUUGUUCUGGGAACUUCUUUGUUUGGUUCAUUUAUUUGCAAACGUUUGUACAUCAAUGUUGUUCACUUUGCUUCAUGGGCCGGUUACAACGGUAGACCGGUCAAUUAGCCAUAAGUUAUUUCCGUACUGGUUCAGGCGAGUGGUGUUUUAUGCUGCUAUGAUGGUGUACCUACCUUUGCUAUGUGGCUUGAUGCCGUUUGCUGGGGUCGGUGAGUGGCUCUAUCAUUUUGCUUCACUCGUGACGGAUCGUGUGUCGGAAUAAAUAUGUAGAAAUAUAAGGAGGUCAUGUAGUGGUCUAUUUAUGUUUUGUGAUUGGUUUUUUUGGAAUGUUAUGUGUAAAAAAAUCGCUUAUAUUAUGGUUCUAUUGUGUUCAUGCUA